CCGACUUCUUAGCUAGUUGAAGGAAAUUUAUUUAUGUAAAACCCACAUCCGAACGCUGACUCCAAAACAGGUUCUGGUCAUCGAUACUACUCCAGACUCCAUGCAUCGCACCGAUAAAUCGUGGAGGUCCAUCAGCGACAUUUGGCUGGAAAGCGACUACGGUGGCGCUAUUUGACCAUAGCUCAGGCUCAGAUCAAGGGCAGAGUUGAUAUGAUAUCUGGAGGGCAUUAAAUUGUGCUUCGCAUAGAAAACACGAGGUGUUCACUCACCGACGUGAUAGGACCUCCUGCUCACGACAUCAUGGGUAUAUUAACCGAUGUUGCCUCUCAAUAACACCAGUCCUCUCCGUUGUGACUCACUUUCCCUGCUACGACACUCCCGAGCCCUGACUUCCUACUAUGGUGGUGCACAUGUCGUGCCUUCUGGACAGCUGUGGGGGUCCUCGAACGUACAGAGUUCAGGAUUUCCUGCUCGUCGCGAGGAAUAUCAAAACGGCAGCAAGGGUCGCUGCAUGUGAUCUUUAUCAUAUUCCUUCUUUGUCAUCCUGCUAUCAUGAAUUUCUUCUUGCCCGCGUUGACAUAGGUGUUGAUGGAGAGAAACUCAUGCUCAUCAUCGAGCGGGCCCCAAAGAAUAAUGGUAUACGGGUGGUGUUUUCGAACGGUGGAGUUGCAAAAGAUACGAUCACCGUUGUGCGAGCCCUGGAGGACCACGAGUAUUGGCAGCAGGCUGGUCAAAUUCCCGUAUGCAGGGGAACACUUCAAUGGCGCGACCAUUCACCCCACCUCUUGGACAUUGUUUCGAUAUCCGGCACCGCAUCCGCAGUGUUCAAAUACUACAACUGUUAUGUUCGCCAAUGUUAUUGGUACGCUAGGGUCAUUCUGGCUUCGAUGGCGAAGGCAUUCCCAUCUUGCUCUAAGGAGGGAACUACUUCGUUCUCGAAGAGGAGAUUUGCGAUAUUUGGAAGCCACAAGCUGGACCAGGUACAACUCCUUGUGGACCUUCAUGCUAUUUGCCGUCAGGACGCAUGCGCCUCUCUACCUCCUGCGCGCCCUCCGUUUAUCGUCACACCUGAUUCUCUCCAGGCCAUCAGCUCGGCUAUAGCUGGGUGCCUUGAGACAUCUUUGGCACAGAUAGUCUGGCUUCAACCCGCUGCUGGCGUCGUCAAUGGCUGCUGUGACCGAACGAUAGGACGUGAGCCCACCACCGCUGGUGGAUGGACCUGAAGGCCGUAACGGUG